CCCGGGUGUCUGCUGCCAGCGUCCGCGCGAUGCCCAAGUGGAGCCUGCGGCGGAGGCCGGGCCGCACACUCGGACUCCUGCUGCUGCUGGUCUUGAGCUUCCUGGUGCUCCGCAGGUUGAACUUGAGCACUCUAAUUCCCCUAUGGCUCCAACAUCAGCGUCUGGGACUUCGAACAAAAGGCCCAAACUUCAUGCUGGAGGACUCCACCUUUCAGAUAUUUGGGGGAUCCAUACACUAUUUCCGUGUGCCCAGGGAAUACUGGAGGGACCGCCUGCUCAAAAUGAAAGCCUGUGGCUUGAAUACCCUUACCACCUAUGUGCCAUGGAACCUCCAUGAGCCAGAAAGAGGCAAAUUUGACUUCUCUGGGAACCUGGACCUGGAGGCCUUUAUCCAGCUGGCUGCAAAGAUUGGGCUGUGGGUGAUUCUGCGACCAGGGCCCUACAUCUGUAGUGAGAUUGACCUCGGGGGCUUGCCCAGCUGGCUCCUCCAGGACCCUGGUAUGAAGCUGAGAACAACUUACCAUGGCUUCACUAAAGCAGUGGACCUUUACUUUGACCACCUGAUGUCCAGGGUGGUGCCACUCCAGUAUAAGCACGGGGGACCCAUCAUUGCUGUGCAACUGGAGAAUGAAUACGGUUCCUAUAACAAAGACAGGGCCUACAUGCCUUACAUCAAGAAGGCCUUGGAAGACCGUGGCAUCAUAGAGUUGCUCCUGACCUCAGACAACAAAGAUGGCCUGCAAAAGGGAGUGGUCGAUGGAGUGCUGGCCACCAUCAACUUACAGUCACAACAGGAGCUGAAGGAACUCAGCAGCAUUCUCUUAUCUAUGCAGGGGGUUCAACCGAAAAUGGUGAUGGAGUACUGGACAGGGUGGUUUGACUCAUGGGGUGGCUCCCAUAAUAUCUUGGAUUCCUCUGAGGUCUUGAAAUCAGUGUCUGACAUCAUCAAAUCUGGCUCCUCGAUCAACUUGUACAUGUUCCAUGGAGGCACCAAUUUUGGCUUCAUAAAUGGAGCCAUGCAUUUUAAUGACUACAAGGCUGAUGUCACCAGCUAUGAUUAUGACGCUGUAUUGACAGAGGCUGGAGAUUACACUGCCAAAUACACCAAGCUUCGAGAGCUCUUUGGAACCUUCUCAGGUGUCCCUCCACCACCUCCACCUGAACUUACUGCUAAGAUGGUCUAUGAGCCAAUGAGUCCAUCUUUCUACAUAUCACUGUGGGAUGCUCUCCUGUAUCUGGAUGAGCCAUUCAAAUCUGAGAUACCUAUCAACAUGGAGAACCUGCCAGUAAACAAUGGUAAUGGACAGGCCUUUGGGUAUGUUCUGUAUGAGACCACCAUCUUCUCAUCUGGUGUCCUCAGUGGCCUUGUGCGUGACAGAGGACAGGUCUUUUUGAAUAGAGUAUCCAUAGGAUUCUUGGACUAUAAAACAACGAAGAUUACUAUCCCCUUGACCCAGGGUUACACCAUACUGAGGAUCUUAGUGGAGAAUCGUGGACGAGUCAACUAUGGAAAUAAUAUUGACAGUCAGCGCAAAGGUUUAAUCGGAAAUCUCUAUCUGAAUAAUAACCCUCUGAAAGACUUCAGAAUCUACAGCCUCGAUAUGACAAAGCAGUUCUUUCAGAGGUUCGACAUGAACAAGUGGAGUAUCGUUCCCAAAGAACCUACCUUUCCUGCCUUCUUCUUGGGUGCCUUGUCAGUUGGCGUUUACCCUUCUGACACAUUUCUGAAGUUAGAGGGCUGGGUGAAGGGGGUUGUAUUGGUCAAUGAUCAAAACCUUGGACGCUACUGGAACAUAGGACCUCAGGAGACUCUCUACCUCCCAGGUGUCUGGCUGAACAAAGGACUCAACAAGGUCAUCAUUUUUGAGGAGACAAUGGCAGGUGCCAUCGUACAGUCUACUGAUGUCCCCCACCUGGGCAGGAACCAGUAUGUUAACUGAACAGCAGUCCCAGCAGCUCCUGCUGUGGUUGGCAGCUUCCUCCCUUCCUCUCUACAGGAGAAGUCUUCAGAACUAGCAACCUCAGGGAGCAAAGGGCUAUAGUCAACUCAGUCCAAAAUCCUAAGCCUGAGGGAACUGGAGAUGGGGUAACACUGUCUGGGCAGACUCAUAACGAGAUGGAGUCUCUCCUGGUUUUAUAAAUGGGGCCCAUUCUGCCCUAAUCUUUUAGGGGAGGCCAUAGAGCUGUCUCUGAGCGUAGAGUAUGUAGUUAUAUCCUUCAAAGAAGGUGCUGAAGCUGUGUGGGUACUUCCUUCCUCUGGAAGUGAAAGCCUCCUUGGCUAGCCUGCUGGAUAGACGCAGGCCUUUCAAACAUUCCCAGUGGGGUCUGGCCACAUCCUAGACAGCCACUUUGUGCUCCUGAACUUGUGGGUUUGUCAUUGUUUGUAGAGCAAAGAGAAAGAAGGUCUUACUUGAGUCAACUUUAUUUUAUUUUUCAACUUUCCUCUUGACAGUUCUUGGGAUCUGGAAGAAUCAUGUCUUUUCCUUUUCACCCUGUCUUGUAAUCAGUUGAUAAACUGAGCCUGUGAGAAAACAGGCAUGUUCAAUACUAUCUUUCUAAGUUAAGAGAACAUUUGCUGUUGUCCUCAGUGAGGAGGAAUGUCACUGAAGAAGGAACAGCCUCACUAGGGGAGGAGCUGGUACUUUAGCAGAAACCACCUCACAUCCAUGCUCUGGGGAAGUGAAUGGCAGAAGCCCAGCAAAGUGGCACUGCAUGGCUGCCCUCAACACAGUAGAAUCUGGGGAUAGCUAUGGGUCCACAGGUCUAUCACUAGCUUUGCUUCCACCUCAGCUGAUUCUUUAAAUACUCUGCUUCUCAUUUCUCACUAACAACAGGAAAGGCAGCUUUCUGUCUCAGUUCAGAUUAAAGGCUCUUGUUCUUCGGAACAAGUGCAAUGGCUUGUCUUGGCUUUGCCAUUCUAAAUUUCAAUAAAGCAAUAAAUUU